AUGAAGCCUACCUCUUGCUUCCUUCUCAUCCUCAUCCCCCUCAUCCAUCUGAUGAUCCUGGGAAAUGCUCAGUGUUCUUUAGACUCCACUGUGGAUAAAAAGAUAAAGGCAGCUCUCACUGCUCUAGGGUACAGUCCUACUGCCCCAUCAAAGAAGAUGUCACGCACCGCCAUCCAGAGCUCAGGCAGACUGUCCUCCUGCCCUGCAGGGACCAUCGUCACCGGCUGCUGUGGCUGUGCCUGUGGCUCCUGGGAUGCGCAGCGUGGUGGACUGGCCCGCUGCCCGCGGCUGCAGCCUGGCCUGAGCAGGAAGGGCGGGAACCCCGCUGGGGGACCGGCACUGCCCUGACGCCGUGACCCCAAAUGGGGUCC